GAGAGAUUAGGGCGCCUCGACACAGCGGUCCCUGGAAGCAGAAGAAGACACAAUGGGCUCCUCCGACUCCAAGCUGAACUUCAGGAAAGCCGUGAUCCAGCUCACCACCAGGACACAGCCUGUGGAGGCCACGGACGAUGCCUUCUGGGACCAGUUCUGGGCCGACACGACCAUCUCGGUCCAGGACGUCUUCGCGCUGGUGCCGGCGGCAGAGAUCCGGGCCGUCCGAGAGGAAUCCCCCUCCAACCUGGCAACCCUCUGCUACAAGGCGGUGGAGAAGUUGGUCCAGGGGGCAGAUUCAGGCUGUGCCUCGGACAAGGAGAGGCAGAUUGUUCUGAACUGCACCCGGCUGCUCACGCGCAUCCUGCCCUACAUCUUCGAGGACCCCGACUGGAGGGGCUUCUUCUGGUCCACGGUGCCUGGCGCCGGACGGGCAGGGGUGGAUGAGGGCGAUGAUGAUGGCGCAAGACCCCUUGCGGAAUCGCUGCUCCUGGCUGUUGCCGAUCUGCUUUUCUGUCCUGACUUCACAGUGCAGAGCCACAAGAAGGGCAGCCCAGACACCGCUGAGGACAUACAGUCCAUUGACAGCUGUGAGUACAUCUGGGAAGCUGGGGUGGGCUUUGCUCAAUCCCCACCGCUCAACUACAUCCAUGACCUCAACAGGACUGAACUGCUAAAGCUGCUGCUAACCUGCUUUUCUGAGGCCAUGUACCUGCCGCCUGCAUCUGACAGCAACAUCCUCAACCCUUGGGUGACCUUCUUCUGUUCCACAGAAAACAGGCACGCCCUGCCCCUCUUCACCUCGCUGCUCAACGUGGUGUGUGCCUACGACCCGGUUGGCUACGGCAUCCCUUACAAUCACCUGCUCUUUUCUGACUACCGGGAGCAGUUGGUGGAGCAGGCUGUGCAGAUCCUCAUCGUCACUUUGGAGCACGAGGGAGGAGCCGCCGCCACCAACUCCCUGGACCCCUCGGCUUCGCCCUCUGGCCUGGAUGAGCCAGAACCGGCAGGUCCAGACAACCUCUUUGUCAACUAUCUGUCCAGAAUCCACAGAGAGGAGGAUUUCUCCUUCAUCCUGAAAGGUCUGGCCCGUCUCCUGAACAACCCCCUGAUGCAGACGUACCUGCCCAACUCUACCAAGAAAAUCCAGUUCCACCAGGAGCUGCUGGUGCUCUUCUGGAAGCUGUGUGACUUCAAUAAAAAAUUCCUGUUCUUCGUGCUGAAGAGCAGUGAUGUACUGGACAUCCUGGUACCCAUCCUGUACUACCUGAAUGAUGCUCGUGCUGACCAGUCUCGAGUGGGUCUCAUGCAUAUUGGUGUCUUCAUUCUACUGCUGCUCAGCGGUGAGCGCAAUUUUGGCGUGCGGCUCAACAAGCCCUACACGGUUCGAGUGCCAAUGGACAUUCCCGUCUUCACUGGCACCCAUGCUGACUUGCUCAUUGUGGUUUUCCACAAGAUCAUUACCAGCGGACACCAGCGUCUGCAGCCGCUGUUCGACUGUCUGCUCACAAUUGUGGUGAAUGUGUCACCCUAUCUGAAGAGCUUGUCCAUGGUUGCGGCCAACAAACUCCUUCACCUCCUGGAGGCCUUCUCCACCACCUGGUUCCUGUUCUCUGCCUCACAGAACCACCAUCUGGUCUUCUUCCUGCUGGAGGUCUUCAACAACAUCAUCCAAUACCAGUUCGACGGCAACUGCAACCUGGUUUACGCCAUCAUCCGCAAACGCAACGUGUUCCACCAGCUGGCCAACCUACCGUCAGACCCUGUGUCCAUCCAGAAGGCUCUGCAGAGGAAGAAGAAGUCGCCAGAUGCUAUCUCGCGUACCAACUCCCAGGAAACAGUGUCCAUGGAGGGCUCCAGACCGGCUGUGCCGGCUGAACCCGGCACACUGAAGGCCAGCCUGGCUGCCACCCCAGGUAUCGAUAAGCUGACUGAGAAGUCCCAGGUUUCUGAGGAUGGAACAAUGGUCUCAGUCCAGCAGGUGGACUCCCCUCAGACCCAGUCAGAGCAGAGUGGUGUUGGCGGAGCCAGCGACACCGAGUCCAAUUCGGGAAGGGAUAAUGAGGAUGUCUUCUACACGGAGGCUGAGACGGCACGAAAACGCCUAACCAGUGUGUCCUCAACUACCUGUUGGACCCCCACACCGGAGUGGGUGCUCUCCUGGAAAACCAAGCUCCCGCUGCAAACCAUCAUGCGGCUGCUGCAGGUGUUGGUCCCUCAGGUGGAGAAGAUCUGCAUUGACAAGGGUCUGACCGACGAGUCGGAGAUCCUGAAAUUCCUCCAGCACGGGACCCUGGUGGGUCUCCUGCCGGUGCCACACCCCAUCCUGAUCCGGAAGUACCAGGCCAACGCUGGCACCGCCAUGUGGUUCCGCACAUACAUGUGGGGCGUGGUCUACCUGCGAAACGUGGACCCCCCGAUCUGGUACGACACAGACGUCCGUCUCUUCGAGAUCCAGCGAGUGUAGACGGAGUAACGGAAGGCGGGCUGUACGCAGACAGGACUGGGCUGUAUCCCCGUCCCAUCUGUCCCCAACCCUGCCCCUCCAGCCCCUACUGUCAUCACUCCCACUGUCCUGGAAGAGGAGGGAAGAGAAGAGGUGACCAGGAACAGGCCUGUCGUCACUUUGCAAGGGACCCGUGCUCCUCGCUCUGCCUCGUUUCCAUUUGUUGUCCUUAAGUUGGCGAGGACACCAGGGUCGCCCCCACUUUCACCCACGACUCGGUCACGGUAACCAGGACCAUCAGCAGGUUCCUUCCCCCUAUUCAGGUUGCAGAGCAGAAGUUAUCAGUAGUACAGGUAAAACACCUCCAGGUGAUACGCCUCCACACUGGUGUUUAGCGAAGUUGCAUUUCCCCCGUUGUAGAUGUAAAAUAAAGACAUCUAAGAACACACCACUAAUACGCCACGAAAUGAGUGAGCCGGUGUUACUCCACGAUGAGAGUAAUGGAAGCACGGGGAGCCUCCUUCCUUUUUCCUUUUUUAAUAAGGUUUUUUAAUUUUUAAUUUGCAUGCAGUUAUGAAUGUGUAGGAUCAACACUGUCCACCAGUGGGGGGCGCUCUGCAUGUCACUAUCACCGACAAACCACAUGGCCAGUUGUAGAAAGGUUUGAACAAAGACUUUUAUUUAUUUAUUUUUUUUUCCCCCUGCGUUUACCUUUUUCCCCAUCACUGUAGGCGAUUUCUGUCGGACUUGCCCCCCCCCCACCCCCUGCCUCCCAAGCUGUCAUCCCCUGCUUUUGUGCUUACUGUGGCUAUUUCCUCUUCACUCCUGCAUUGUAUUUUCUAUCGUUUGCUUUAAAAUGUGACUUUAUGGUACAAGACAAGCUGAGAUACGGAGCUUGAUCGCUCUCCUGAUCGAAAGACAUUUGGAAAAAGGGGGCUGGACGCACCUUGCUGCUGGAAAUAUGAAUUUUCACAGUUGUCAGUGACUGACAGGUGAGGGGUGUGUCUAGUGAGCUCGUCGCACGAUUGGACGAGGCUCUGAUUGACAGGAGGGUGUGUCCUGCAGGGGCGAGAUGCCACAGUGUUGCGCUGUGAUUUAAUAAUAAUGCCGGUACAUCAGUGUUGCUUCUCUGGCCCAAAUUAAUAUGUGUAUACAGAAUGAAAAUAUGAAUAUACUUUGUGUGACUAUUUUUCUCUCAAAGACAUGUAGAAUAUAUUAUAAAAUUCUUUAUAAAUGAAUAGCUGA